CAAACGUCAUGGGAGCGGGCCGCCAUUUUGACUGAGCUACCCCAGUGACAGGAGCCGGGCAGGCAGACGCAGCUUCUCCCCGCUUCCCCUCCCCCUUCCCUAUUCCUUUUGCCGCCCCGCGCGCCCCAUAUUCCCGUCGCCCCGGCCCUGCCAUGUCCCAGAAACAGGAGGCUGAAAACCCUUCGGAGGAGACCGGAGAGGAGAAGCAGGACACCCAGGAGAAGGAAGGUAUUCUCCCAGAGAGAGCAGAGGAGGCAAAGCUAAAGGCCAAAUACCCAAGCCUGGGACAAAAGCCUGGGGGCUCUGACUUCCUCAUGAAAAGACUCCAGAAGGGGCAAAAGUACUUUGACUCAGGAGACUACAACAUGGCCAAAGCCAAGAUGAAGAACAAACAGCUGCCAAGUGCAGGGCCAGACAAGAACUCGGUGACAGGCGACCACAUCCCUACACCGCAGGACCUGCCCCAGAGAAAGUCCUCCCUCGUCACCAGCAAGCUUGCGGGUGGCCAAGUUGAAUGAUGCUUCCCGGGGCUCCCGACAGAUCCUGAGACGCUGCCCCCCUGGGUCCUGUGCUGGCUCCUGCCCCUCCUUGCCUUAGCGGCUAGGGGGUCAGGAGGUGGCCUGGGUGCGGGCCGGAGAGGCAGAAGCCCCUGCCCGACGGUGUCCCAGCGCAUGGAGCCCCUCGGGUUGAGCACCAAGACCUUGAAUCUUUUUUUGUGUUUUAUUUUUCCAAACAUCUCCUGGGAAAAAUCUCUAUGAAAUCCUGGUGUGGGGUUGAGAGG